AGUUACGGGUGGAACAUGGAAGUGGUCAGUGAGCCAGAGUUUGUUCGUCAGGUCGCUAAAAAAGUGGAUCUCGGAGAAAGAGGCUCGGGUACCAGAGCACGAGGAACAGUUCAAGAUUUUAACAAGCUGAGGCAGGAAUGUUUAUCCAAUGGAAAACUGUUCGAAGACCCUGAGUUCCCGGCACAAGAUGAUUCCAUAUAUUUUUCGAAAAAACCCGACCGCCACAUCGAAUGGAAACGUCCAAAGAAAAUUGCAGACGAUCCACAACUAUUCGUUGAGGGGUUUUCACGGUUUGACGUACAACAGGGCGAGCUUGGUGAUUGCUGGCUCAUCGCAGCUGUUGCCAAUCUUACACUACAUCCAAACUUAUUCUUUCAAAUUGUACCCAAAGAUCAAAGCUUCGAAGACAACUAUGCAGGGAUAUUCCAUUUCAGAUUUUGGCAGUACGGAAGAUGGGUGGAUGUAGUCAUAGAUGAUCGCCUGCCGACUAGUCAAGGGAAAUUGAUGUUUUUACAUUCAGCUGAAAAUAACGAGUUUUGGAGUGCACUGCUUGAGAAGGCCUACGCGAAGCUUCACGGUUCAUAUGAGGCUUUAAGCGGAGGAUUGACAAGUGAAGCUAUGGAAGACUUUACCGGAGGAGUAACAGAGCAGUUCGGAAUGAAUGAAACACCGCCAAACUUGUUCAAUAUUCUACUCAAAGCUUAUGAAAGAAACUCAUUAAUGGGUUGUUCACUGGAGCCGGAUCCAAACGUAUCAGAAGCUAAAACGCCAGAAGGUUUAAUCAGAGGACAUGUCUAUAGUAUUACACGAGUCAAGUAUGUUGAUAACAUGACGCCAAAUCAAGUAGGAAAAACUCCUUUAUUGAGAUUGAGGAACCCAUGGGGUAACGAGGUUGAAUGGAAGGGACCUUGGAGUGAUCAAUCACCUGAAUGGAGGUCUAUUCCUGAUCAUGAGAAAGAGGAACUAGGAUUAAGGUUUGAUGCAGAUGGUGAAUUUUGGAUGUCUUUACAAGAUGUCAAGCAUCACUUCACACAAAUUGAGAUUUGUAACUUGAAUCCGGACUCUUCAACAGACAGUGAUCUCAGCGCUGGUAAAAAAAAAUGGGAAAUGAGCAUAUUUGAAGGGGAAUGGGUACGCGGAGUAACAGCUGGUGGAUGCCCUAACUUUUUAGAAACCUUUUGGCACAACCCCCAGUACCGUAUAACAUUAGAAUACCCGGAUGAAGAUGAUGACAAAUGCACGGUUAUCGUAGCAUUGAUGCAGAAAAAUCGUAGGGCACAAAAACAGAUGGGUGCUGAACAUCUGACAAUUGGCUUUGCCGUGUAUCGUCUGGAAGAUCCCGACAGAUUACCAAAGCCGUUAGAUGUUAAUUUCUUCAAGUACAACGCCUCGGUAGCUCGAUCUCCGUCAUUCAUUAACCUUCGUGAAGUUAGCUGCCGAUUCAAGUUGCCGCCUGGUGUUUACUGCAUUGUUCCCAGUACUUUUUUUCCGCAUGAAGAAGGCGAAUUCUUAUUGAGAGUAUUUUCUGAAAAUCAGAACAACAUGGAGGAAAAUGAUGAACAAAUCGGUAUCGGCGAAGUCGAUUAUAGGGUAAGAGAUCAGCCUGAGCCUGAUAGAAACGAGGAAAAAGUACGAGAGUUCUUCAGAAAACUUGCCGGUGAUGAUAUGGAAGUCGAUUGGAUGGAACUGAAAGAAAUCUUGGACUUCGCUAUGCGCAAAGAAUUGAAAAACGAAGGUUUCAGUAAAGAUAUAUGCCGUAGUAUGGUUGCCAUGCUGGAUACAGAUCGUUCCGGUAAACUAGGAUUUGAAGAGUUCGAAUCACUUUUGAAUGACAUUAGAAAUUGGAGGGCUGUAUUCAGAUUAUACGAUAGAGAUGGUUCUGAAUACUUGAGCGCGUUCGAGCUUAGACAAGCUUUGAAUAGCGCCGGCUAUCGCAUGAAUAAUCAUAUUUUGAACGUACUUGUACAUCGUUACGGAACGAAGGAUGGAAUGAUCGCAUUCGACGACUACAUCAUGUGCGCUGUACGUCUAAAGACGAUGAUUGAUGGUGCGAAGUGUGAAAAAAACACCAACUCCUUGGAUGAUUAUUUGUACUCUGAUCACCUUACCUGUACGUUUUUCCGGAUCUUACACGACCAGCCCGCCCAGCUCGUUGAUUUGCAGAUGCUUUGGAUACUGGUGCUACAAUUAGGCUGUCAGUGUGUGUUUCCACCUCAAACCAACGGAUUUUUACAAACCCGCUGUCAAUUACUAGAGGCAGAGUGAAAUGAUUCGGAUCAAAAAAAUUAAUAAACAAGUAGUCAAUUUGGUAACUUUGAUGUCCAGCCUACGAACUUCCCGCUCAGAUGCGUGUCGAGCUCAAAAAAUAAUAAUGAUUAAAACUUUUCCCAAUGCCUGUUUGGAACGUUCGAUUUUCGAAGCCUUUUGAGCGUGCGUAAAUUGCUCUAUCUUCAAACAGCGCGUUGAAAUAAAGUUGACGCAUGCGCGCAAUUGAAAUGCUAUAUUUUACAUGCUAGCGCGUGAGAUCUAGAGAAAACGUAACUUUUCAUUCGCGGGGUGUUCAUAAUAACGUCUCUUGUUCUCUUAUUGCUUGAAAAACAAAGGAGCGGGAAGUU